UCAUAUUUCUCUCGACUUUCAUGAAACUAAAAACUUCUUCUAUUCAGAUUCGCAUUGAAUAGAAGAGUCAGAUAGAUUCAUAUCUUGAAACGAGCUAGAAGAAACCCAGAACCGAAGUUACGGAGAGGGGAGGAAAAGAGGAAACGAAACCCUUUCGGUGAUGGGCCAGGCGCCGUCGUCUACGGCGGAACCGAACGGAAGAGAGAUAGAUUUGAGGUUAUGGUCUCCGGUGAUUGCUAGUGGAGGAGGAUCGAUGGAUUUAGGAAAUGGUGUUGCGGUCAGAGAUCGUGAUUUUACCGGAGAUCUGCCGGAUGAGUGUUUGGCUCAUGUAUUUCAGUACCUUGGAGCUGGAGAUCGUAAGCGAUGCUCUCUUGUUUGCAAACGGUGGUUGUUCGUCGACGGUCAGAAUCGUCAUCGGUUAUCUCUGGAUGCUAAGGACGAGAUCUUCUCUUUCCUGACCUCUAUGUUCAACCGAUUCGAUUCGGUGACGAAGCUCGCUCUCCGAUGUGAUCGGAAAUCUGUUAGUUUGAGCGACGAGGCUUUGGCUAUGAUCUCCGUCCGUUGCUUGAAUCUGACCCGCGUGAAGCUUCGUGGUUGUCGCGAGAUCACGGAUCUGGGAAUGGAAGAAUUCGCUCGGAAUUGUAAGAAUCUGAAGAAGUUUUCGGUUGGGUCAUGCAACUUCGGAGCGAGAGGCAUGAACGCGAUGCUCGAACAUUGCAAGCUCUUGGAGGAAUUGUCGGUGAAGCGACUUCGAGGAAUCCAUGAAGCAGCCGAGUUGAUUCAGCUGCCAGCCGCUGGCUCAUCCUCUUCGCUUAGAUCGAUUUGCUUGAAGGAGCUCGUUAAUGGCCAGGUAUUUGAACCAUUGGUUGCUAACACAAAAACCCUGAAAACUCUGAAAAUCAUCCGUUGUUUGGGUGACUGGGAUAAAGUUCUUCAAACGAUCGGAGAUGGAAAUAGUUCACUGAGUGAAAUCCACCUUGAGAGGCUCCAAGUGAGUGACCUCGGGCUUUCUGCGAUAUCAAAAUGCUCAAAUAUAGAGACAUUGCAUAUAGUGAAAACACCAGAAUGCUCAAACUUUGGUCUGAUUAAUGUCGCUGAGAGAUGUAAGCUGCUUAGGAAACUCCACAUUGAUGGUUGGAGGACUAAUAGGAUUGGUGAUGAGGGUCUGAUGGCUGUAGCUAAACACUGUUUAAACUUGCAAGAACUUGUACUGAUUGGUGUUAAUGCAACACAUAUGAGUUUAGCAGCCAUUGCUUCAAACUGUGGGAAACUUGAACGAUUAGCACUUUGCGGAAGUGGAACCAUAGGUGAUACAGAGAUCGCUUGCAUAGCUAAGAAAUGUGGGGCUUUGAGGAAAUUCUGUAUCAAAGGAUGUGCGGUUUCGGAUCUAGGGAUCGAGGCGCUCGCUGUUGGUUGUCCUAAUCUGGUGAAGUUGAAGGUGAAAAAAUGUAGAGGGGUGACUGGAGAAAUCGGAGAAUGGCUGCGUGAACAGAGGAGGACGCUUGUGGUGAGUAUGGAUAGUGAUGAAACCGACGCAACGGUCGUGGUAGAUGGUGAGGCUGAAACAGCUGUGGAUGUGGCGGAGAUUGGUUCAGGUAAUGGUGGUGGCAACAAUGGAGGAAGUAGAUUAGCGACGAUUAGGUCAAAGUUAGGGUUUCUUGCUGCAAGGAACUUGGUAACUUGCACAUUCAGGAGAUGGUCUCAUAACGAUAAUGGUAGUAGUUCUACUUGAUCAGCUAUAACUAUAAAGCGGUAAUUGUCAAAAAAAAAAAGCUUUCUGUGUCUUCUUGAUUUCUUUCCUUCUUCUUUCUUGUUUGUAAUUUUGUGUUUCUUAUUCAUGUGUGUGUAAGACUUGUCCAUUAGAGAAAAGUCAUCAUUCCAAGGAAGAAUAUUUGUUGUUUUGUUUUGUGUAUUGGGUAGUAUUGACUAUUGAUUA